CGAAUGGAUUCAUCUCUUGGCUUCACGCUCGCAGGAUAAUGGGACUAACAUUGGGUGGGAGGGGGGCGGUGACGGAGUAGGAAACGUGUACUUAUGAGCAGUGCAUGUUCUCGCCGCCGCUGACCAAACUCCGCGCACUCCGCCGCGACCGGCGCUGCCUCUGUGGGUCGAGUGACGCUGACGCAGCCUCCGCGGUUUCCAUCGUCGGUACCGCUUCCCCUUCCCACAGCGCGGACGCGGCGGCGGCGGCGGCGGUGGGUACGGCUCGCCGGAGCAGCCCCGGCCUGCUCGGUCUCCUGGGGCGGCUGGCCCGCUCCGACUGCCUGCGGCGCGCGGCCGAGAACCCGCUGGUGCGUCGCACGGUGGCCGGCGUCUCCAACACGCCGCUGGCGCUCACCGUGGCCGUGCACCGCUGCUGGGGCACGCUGGCGCUCAACGUCCCGCCGCCGCCUUCCGACAGAAUCUGGUACGGGUUCCGCGAGCCUCCCCACCUGGGGCUCAGAGUUCAUCCCAAACUGGGGGAGCGGCACGUGACGCUGGCUCACAUCACGGACUGGAUCGAGAAAAAGCUGGAAGUGGAGUUUGAGAACAAUUUUGUAAUUCCCAACAUGGAUGACCUUCAAAUUCCCAUGAUGCACCCUGCUACAGAUGCGCUGCACUCGCUGGAGUCGUCUUCACUUCCCAGGCCGCCCUGGGGGACCCCGUCAGAAUUCCCAUAAACCCCCGUGGAGCUUCCCGUGAACUCCUCUCACACAACAACAACAAUGCUUACGCAAGGGUAGCCGCCUCCUAGGUACAAAAAAACCGGGACAUUACGGAAAGAAGAAGAUGAUCUCACAAUGCCGGACGAAGGGAGAACUACAUGUUAAAACGUCGUCUCGAGUCGUGGAUUAUUUAUACAACUGACAAAAAUUGGGACCUUUAAUGUCCAGGAAAAAUUGGCAGAUUUUCAGAUUUCUCAGGACGGCUCGUGUAAAAAGAAGACGACGAUCCUGGGUCAACCAAGACGGGUGGCAGCCGAGGCUCCCGUAGUACUCAAGACCACGUUGCAUUGUGAUGCCUCCUCCUCCUCCUCUAAUGGACUGCUUCCUGGGCCUGAGCGGUGGCACUGAGGCAUCAGCUGCCACUGGACACUUCCUUUUCAGUGCAAUGUGCAUCCAUCCUGCCCAGGAGAGGGGGGGGGGGUCGUUUUGAUGACUGCAGGACGGCAUGCGCGGGUUUAUUCUUUUUAUAUUUACAAGCCGCUGUGCGCUGGCCGUAAGAGUCGACGGAGAGCCUCGGGUUGCUGGGAUGGGAAAGUGCGUGGAUGGAAGCAGAGUGCGGCGAGAGGGCGAGAGGUAGGCAGGGGCUGAGUCCGCGAAGUAUCUUGGAGACGCCGAGUGAGACCUCAAACAGAGAGAGCUCUUUGCGGCUCAUUUCCCAAACAACAAAAAAACCCGUGCUACCUCCGAGAGAGACCGUGGGCUGUAUCAGCCUCCGAGAAGGCCGCGGACGAACAAGAAGCAGGGAGACUCAUCGGACAAGGGGGGUUGGAGAGGCGGGUGGGAGGGUGCGGAAAUUCCCGGCCCUCUCCCGUUAAAGACUCACGCGCUAAACAUAGCCGUUGGGUUGACGGCAGACGUUUAUUUAGUUCCCAGGAGCGGGUUUACAUGGCCUGAUCGCAGACCAAGUUCACAGUUUAGAUUCGGCCGCGCUCUCUUCUUGCUUGAUCAGGUCCUUUUUCAGCGGGCCCUAAUAAAAUGACAAAACGAA